AAUUUUAGUCUAACAAAUCCUUGUGCUUCAGUCAUAAGUAUAGUAAAACCCAUAACACAGUACAAAUUAUGGACGAAUUCAAAGUUCCGCUUAUGCCAACAAACCCGUCCGGCAAAGUGGAAAAACCUCCAGAAGCGCAACCAAACGAUGUUAAAGUUGCGGAAAAUGAUAAAGUAAAAGAAAUUUCAAAAGCGCCUAGUGCCAAUACGCCAAAUCAAGUUUGCCCUUACAAAGUGCCACCAUGGUCUGAGCCGCCACCCGAAACUACCAACUAUAAAUUUGAAGUUUUAAAAUCGGGUCAAAUAAUAAGUGAAAUCGAUAAUUUACAAAAGCAAGCAGUUUGGAAGUUUGGACGAUUAGCGCCACCGGCAAACGAUCUCGAAUUGGCGCAUCCCACGAUUUCACGUUUUCAUGCGAUUCUUCAGUAUCGCCCCAAAAAGCAACAGUUACCAUCUGAUUCGGAAGAAAAUAAUACUAGUGCAGAUCCACCAGAGGGUUGGUAUAUAUAUGAUCUAAAGAGUACGCAUGGCACAUUCUUAAAUAAGCAACGUAUACCACCUCAGGUUUUCAUACGCAUGCGUGUUGGUCAUAUGUUACGUUUGGGUGCCAGCACAAGAUCUUAUAUUUUACAAGGCCCGGAAGAAGAUGCGGAACCAGAGUCAGAUUUAACUGUAACAGAAUUACGUGAACAACAAAAACAAAAACAAGCUGCCGCUGAAGCUGAUGCGAUUCGGAAAGCGGCGGAAGCAGAAGAGCGGGAACGAAAUGAGGGAAUCAAUUGGGGUAUGGGAGAAGAUGCAGAUGAGGAAACUGACUUAUCACAUAAUCCAUUUGCAAGCACAAACAAUGAAGAAUUAUUUCUCGAUGAUCCUAAGAAAACUCUUCGGGGCUAUUUUGAACGUGAAGGGCUGCAAUUAGAAUAUAAGUGCGAUGAAAUGUCUGUCGGAUCGUUUGUUUGUCGCGUAGAAUUACCACUGGAUGAUGCAUAUGGCCGCCCCAUCAUAGCUGAGGUUGUGCAUAAAGGUCGCAAAAAGGAGUGUGUUGUGCAAUGUGCUUUGGAAGCUUGCCGGAUUCUGGACCGACACGGUGUUCUACGUCAAUCAAAUCAAGAACCUUUAAAGAGAAAAGUGAAAUCACAAGCAGAUUCUGACGAUGACGAUUUUCUUGACAGAACAGGUGAUAUUGAACGGAAAAAGUUGCGAAAAUCAAAUCCUACAACUAAUGUCGCCUUAACAUACGAAGAUUUGCUAAAGAAGGAUUCUGAAAUAGUAAUGGAACUACAACGAGUUGCCGAUGAUAUAGCGCGUUAUCAAGAAACACAACGACGUCUAAAGGCUUCUCAGUCGAAUAACAGCGAAGAUCUCGAUCACUUUAUGGAAAACUUAACCGAUGACGUAUCUAACCUGGAUAAGACCGAAAUACGAAGAUUACGGUUGGAACAACAACGGCUUAAUGUCGAAAAGCAAAAAGUGCAAAGAUUAAUAAAAUUAGCUAAACCAAUAGAUUUCCAUUUAAAUAAGCCCAGCGAAACGCCGACGGCUGACUCAAGUACGAAGAGACAGCUGCCCAUGAUUGGAAAACGCAAUCAGUUUAGUAAAUUUAAGAUUGCCAAGAUGGUUACAACUAAUAAGAGCGAAAAAGCCAAUCACACAAAUUUGGCUUCUGAUGAAGAAGAAGUAGAGGAGGAUAAUGAAAUCAGUUUACCAACAAAUAAUGGCGUAGCUAAAUCUUCUUCGAUAGAAACAGCUGCUUCUAAAGAAGGACAGGAAAGUAAACAAGAAGCUGUGGAAACGGAAAUUAUUGAAGCAUCGCAAUCAUCAGAAUGUACUAAAAAGCUCUACGGCCCCGCAGUCAUCCCUAUAACCAAAGGUGAUAAGGAAGAUGAUGUGCCAGCUGAAAUGCCUACGAAACCAAUUGAUACAAAAUCAUCUUCAGCAGAAUGCACCCAUACAGAAGAUGCUACAGAAGCGGAAAUUACUAGAAAAAAGCGAAGACAGCGUCAAAGACAACGUCAAAAGCGACAAGAAAUUGAUAUGGAAGAGCUCGAGGAGCACGAAUCCAACGAGAAGUAUGCCAAGUGGGUGCCGCCACCUAAUCAAAGUGGUGAUGGCUAUACAGAAUUGAAUGACAAGUAUGGAUAUUAGGCUUUUUUAUUUGACAAUAUUGUAUCAUGCAUUUUUAUAAAAAAAAGUGUAAAUACAAUCACAACUAAUUUACAUUUAA